GAGAAGUCGAGCCGUCGAAGCAUGCACCUUACCUUUUUGGCGCACGGCGCUGGAAAACAUGCUUGUAAAGUGCGAAAACAUCGGGGAUGCAUUAAGGUCUCUCAUCGCCGGGGUUUGGAUCACUUUUAAUGUUUGUGUCGUCGGUGUCCACGGCCAGGAGGGAAAUGGCUGUGGACAUACACUGUUGGGAACAGAGUCUGGCACUUUAUCCUCUCAGAACUACCCCGGCACCUACCCAAGUAACACCUGGUGUAAAUGGAGGCUUCGUGUGCCAGAGGGGCGGACGCUGCGCCUGCUGUUUGGAGACUUCGACAUCGAGGGCAGUCCGGCCUGCAGAAACGGUUCUAUUGUGAUCACUGACAAGAACGGAGAACACAGCGUCGGUCCGGUGUGCGGGAAACUUGAUGCAUCACAGAAUAAUGUGACGCUUAAAAGCAAUGAAGUGACAGUUUUAUUCAAGUCCGGCCCACACCGCUCUGGACGAGGCUUUCUGAUCUCAUACGCAACAGACCAGUAUCCAGAACUUAUUUCUUGUUCACAAAGAGGAUCUCACUUUAGGUCCCAGUUUUUGAGCGUGUACUGCCCUGCUGGAUGUAAGGACGUCACGGGCGAUGUUUGGGGGAACUCUGAAAAGGGUUACAGAGACACCUCAGUUCUGUGCAAGUCUGCAGUCCAUGCUGGGGUCACAGGUGAUAAUGUGGGAGGUCGCAUCACCGUGAAUCGAGGGACAAGUCUUACUCUCUAUGAAUCCACCUUUGCCAAUGGAAUUCUGUCUAAAAUGGGAUCAUUAUCUGAGAACAAGCUGCUUUUUAAGAAAGAAUGUAACAACAUCCUGACUGUCUCUGGUCUGAAUGCCUCAUCUUUCUGGGACAAAAACAGUCAAGAGCACAGAAUGUUCUCGUCCUCCACAAACAUGGAAUCCAGCCAUGGCGUCCUACGGUGGACGGCGGACAGUAGUGACCCAAAGCCAUGGGUGGAAUUAGAGCUGCUCGAUAGAAGCGCUGUUACAGGGAUUGUAACAACAGGGUCUUUUGAGCACUACGUCGAGUCCUUUAGUCUUUAUUCCAGCAAGGACCGAAAGAGCUGGAAACUUUACAGAGGCGCUCUGAGCAAGGAAAAAAAGGUGUUUCAGGCUUACACCGAAGGCCACCUGAAGGUGCUCAACAGCCUGUUUCCCUCCGUGGUGGCUCGGUUUCUCCGGCUGCAGCCACUGAGCUGGCAUGGAAGAGCUUCAGUGCAGCUCCAAGUUUUGGGCUGUCCUGCAGGAAAAGCCACACCAAGGUCACCCCCGCCCGAUGACUCGUCCUUUAAAGUUAACAUGGACACGCAGUCCCCAAACCCGUCUCCCACCCCCACAGAAGGCCCAGUGUUGGUGGAAACAACAAUAAGCUCCAGUCAGCCAGUACUGGUGGCGGUGGGAGUGGUGCUCGGGCUGAUCAUGUGCGGGAGUUGUUUUCUGGCCGGAGUCUGGUGGAGGCGAAGGAAGAAAAAGUCUCGACUGAAGUACUCCCUACCCACAGGUUGUCAGAGUUUCAAAGCAAAGACUCUCCCCUGUCCACAAUCGGACCUCAUCUACCCGUUGGAGCGAAAUGUCCACGAUGCUCUACCCAGCCCCCCUCUUAAUGACUAUGCUUCACCUACUCCUGCCACUAUUGGACACAAGGUUGGUUCAACAUUCAGACCUUCCUCUGAUGAGGACUAUACCACCCCCUUCACCUGCAUCCACUACGACACUCCUGGCAACGUCCCCGAGUACGCAGAGCCACUUCCUCCAGAGCCGGAGUACGCCACCCCUUUCAGUGAGCUUCCUCCUGAGCACAAAUUACCCUCUUUGACAGGGAUACCUCGCAUCAACAUGCACGGUCCUCCCGUUCCACUGACCUCAACAGGUGUCAGGACGGCACAAAGCAAAAGUCGGUAUGACUGCCCUUCACACAGGGUUCUGUCCAACGGUUACUGCACUCCUGCUGUACAUGCCAGUGGCCCACGACCACUCAGUGCGGUGUACGCAGAGCCAAGGUCAAGUGACUCUUUACCACAGAAACAAGCACAUGAGGAGCAUUUGUAGUGCAGAAAGCUCAGACAUGUGGACAAGAAGGCUUUCCUGAGCCAAAAUGUGUGUGUGUUGGGACCAGAGGAGCACUUGGGGUGAUCUGAAGAGGACACUAAGCUGGACACUGCUGUCCACGGUGCACUAAUACUACCUGUCGGCGAUCACAAGUCACAGGGUUUAUAUCAGGGUAAACUGCCAGAACACCAGCUUAUCUGAGAGCCAUAUGGACCCAAAUAUUUCCUUCCAGGAAGUGUGUACUUUUACAGUUGUUUUUUAUGAUGCACAAAGAAAAUACAGGUUCAGUUGUGUCUUAGAAAUACUUUUUACUGAUAAAAUGUUUAAUCACAAGCUGCACUUUCCAAAAACACACACAGAAAUGUACCAGUCUGUUUAACUGUUUUAACAUGUAAAAUGAUGGACUGAAUGUUACUUGUUCUCACAAAAUAUUCUAUUCACAAUUUCAAUUUUUUUUCCCAUACAAAGGAUGGUUCAGUGUUAUGAGUACAUACAACCACUAGGUGGCUCUCUAACCACGAACAAUAAUUUAUUAUAUAACUGCUGGUUCUCAUCCUUUAUCACAUUCUUGUAAUGAACAGAAGAAGAAAAAAACAUUUACAGGAAUAACUGCUUGGAUUGUAGAACAAAUAAGUGAUGUUAUACAAGUUGCAAUUAAAAACAGGACCACUUUUCUUUUGACAAAAUAUAACCAUUACAAAUGAUUUAUCAAUAUGUGGCCCUCAGUAUUAAGCCUUUGUCGCUGCACUACAAACAUUACAGAAUUAAGACAUUAAUUAAUUAACGUUGUACAACUUUAUUAUUGUUACUAUUUUAUGAUAAAUUAAAGGUAAAAGGAGGAACUGACUAAAAAAAACAAAACAGCUUUUAUUACUGCUGAUCAUUAUACAUCAUUUUUAAUUUUUUUUUAAAUACAACUGUGCUUUUUUUUCCCCAAUAGAGGCACCCAUCUUCAAUAAUUAAAUACAUGUCACUCCUCCCUUCUUUUUCAAAACAUCACUGAAAGGCCCUAAAAAUAAAAAUUCCCCUUAAAAUCUGUGCAGGGGCUGAAACAAGUGCUGUGUUGCUGUGAUAAAACAAAGGGAAAGCUUCUUCCACUUCUGUGUAAGUGUCAAUAAAACGAUGUGAACAAAAAUAACAGCUGGACUGG